GAGCGCGCGCUGGGCGGCCCCAGCGGCAGCCUCUCGGCCCGCGCUCCGGCGCGGCCCCACCACCAGCCGCCCCUGCCCAGCGAGCCGCCCGCGCCAGGGCGCGGCGGGCGCCCCCUCGCGCGCGAGUCGCCCUCGCUGCAGGACCGCCGGAAGGGCGCGCUGUCCCUGCGCCUGCCCUCGCUGGCGGACUUCGUGGCCCACCCGGGCCAGCCCGCCAGCGGCAGGGCGGAGCGUCGCGAGAUGGCCCUGGAGCGCGAGGUGACCAACCAGCUCCUGCAGCUCCCCAAGGAUACCACCUUGGAUUCGUUACGCAGCAAACCAGGCCGCCAGGACUUCAAGAAGCUCGUGGAUCAGCUGGAGCAGGACAGGGACUUCAAGAGGACGGUGGAGCAGCAGAAGGCCGAGCCGCCCGCGCGGGGCAAGGCCGCGCCGGCGCACAAGGACGAGACCUCGAGGCUGUACCGCGAGAGAGCGCAGGCGUCGAGGGGCGUCGGCGGGCAGCCGCACGGCGAGGGCACCGCCGAGGAUAUUCAGGACCUCAUCGACGACAUUGAAGGAGGCCUCGCCGACGGUCGCGAAGGAGGGCAAGUCGCGGGCGACAAGCGCGGCAACGAGGCCCUGGAGGUCGACGAGAGCGGGCGCACGGUCGACGGCGUCUCGACGGAGGGGGGCAAGAAGGAGGUCGAAGACAGGGCGCUCCGCGUGCACAAGCUCCAGGCGAGGGUGUCCGCGUCCAGCCGCCGGGCCGACGAGAAGCGGGCGUGCCUGCAGUUGGCCCUGGCCACCUACCAGUCCUCGCGGGACAGCAGCAGGGACCACCUCCUGGAGAGCCUGCGGCUCAUGUCAGUUCCCAAGGUUUUCAGCGAGAAGCGGUCUCUCGAGGGGCAGUUGGGCAAGGCCGCCUCCCACUCCGAGCGGGGGGCCGUGUUCGACAAGCUAGGAGUUGCCCUGCUCGAUAAGGCCUUCCAUGGCUUCAACAGCACAAUCUUUGCGUACGGUCAGACGGGCAGCGGCAAAACGCACACCAUGCUCAACCACAAGGCAGAUGCCGACAACCGCGGCCUCAUCCCGCGAAUCGCCGACAGCCUCUACGCGCGCAUCGCCGAGGAGACGGCGAAGCACGAAACGAGGAAGUUCUUGGUCUGCUGCAGCUUCAUGGAGAUCUACAACGAGAUUAUAUUCGACCUCCUGGUCGCGAGGAAGAACCAGCCGAAAGGCGGGCUGGAGGUCAAGGAGCAGAAGGGCCUCGGUGUCUACGUGAAGGACCUACAGGAGAUGGUCAUCGAGACGUCAGAGAAGCUCCAGAACGUCCUCGAGAAGGGAUUCGAGCACCGGCAGACGGCGUCCACCAAGAUGAACGACGUGUCCUCGAGGUCGCACUGCAUAUUUGUCAUCAAGCUCCACCAGAAGGACACGGAGGACGGCACCAAAAACACCUUCAGCAAGCUGAAUCUCGUGGACCUGGCGGGCUCCGAGCGCCAGAAGUCCACCGAAGCAGAGGGCGACAGGCUGAAGGAGGGAGCCAACAUCAACAAGUCCCUCAGCGCCCUCGGGAACGUCAUCAACGCGCUGAGCUCCCAGUCGCAGGGCAAGAAGCAGUUCGUCCCGUAUCGCAACUCCAAGCUGACUCGCGUCCUGCAGGAGAGCCUGGGAGGGAACUCGCUGUGCACCAUGGUCGCCGCAAUCAGCCCAUCCAGCACCAACUCCGAGGAGACCCUGUCCACGCUGAACUACGCAAAGCGCGCGAAGAUGAUCAAAGUCACCGCGACGAAAAACGACGAGGCGUCCCAAGUGAAGAAGCUGGAGGAAGAGGUCAUGGCGCUGAGAAGAAAGCUGGAGCAGCAGGCAUCCUCGGAGGGGAUGAUGAGCUCCAAGGACAAGGAGGAGAUGGAGAGCAAGUACGGGGCCCAGAUCGACGAGCUGCAGUCGUUCAUGAAGCAGAGCUGGGAGGAGAAGCAGAAGCUCUCGGAGAAGUACGAGGAGGAGCAGCGGCGGGCCGCGGAAGAGAAGGCCAGGUCCGCGGAGCGGGUCAGGCACGAAAGAGCUCGGCGUCUUCAGCUGCUUGAGCAGAAUGGUGACAUCGAGCUUUCGCUGAAAGCCAUUGCCAGCAUUGGCAGCGACAUCACCAAGGGCCUCUUGGAGAAGAUCGGCGAGGCGCUGAAGGUGCAGCAGCAGAUGGAGUCCCAGCUGCACGCCGUGCGCCUGUACCGGGAGAGCGCCGCCUCCGACUUCCGGAGCUGCACGAGCUGCAAGGCCUCGGACGCGGUCGCGCUGCAGACCCUUCUGAAGCAGGUCCACGCCAAGCUCGGGUCCAUGACGAAGGAGCUCGACGUCCUCGUGCGCCUGGAAUCCCAGCUGGACGAGUCGAUGGGCCGCAUCGCACCGCAGGUGGCGCUGGCCUCGCGCCAGGCGGAGGACCGUGCUGGAGAGGGACAGGACGACCGCGAGGCGGCGCAGGAGCUGGCCGAGCUGCUCGGCGUGGUGCAGCGGCAGCUGGUGCAGCGCCAGGCGGGGAGGCACUCGAAGCUGGCCGAGGACCUGCAGCAGCUGGGCCUCCUGCCCGAGUCCCAGUGGCUGAUGCAGCGCCUCGCCGGGGAGGCGGAGGAGGGCGCAGCGCCGCCCACCGAGAGCACCCUGGCCCUGCUCAGCUCCCUGAAGGCCAGGGCGGACGGCGGCGAGGAGCUCGCGGCGCCUGCUGCAAGGUCCGGGCCCACUGGCGUGCUGGGGCUGUCCACCUUCGAGACGAAGGACGAGCUCAUGGGCGGCUCCUCCAAUGCCGAGUCCGCGCGGUGCGCAAGGCUGCUGCAGACGGUUCUCUUCGGCGGCUGGUGCCCAGAGACGGACUCGCCCGAGGAGUACCUGGAGAUCGACCUCGGAGAGGAGCGCCUCAUCUCCGGCAUGAGCAUCCAGGGGCGCAUGCCGUGCACCAGCGAGUGGACGCAGACGCGCGACUUGCUCCAGCUGUCGCUCUCGGAGAUGGCGGACAAGCUGCCCACCGCGGAGAAGAUCUUCCGGAGACCGCCGGUGAGGCUCAUCCACGACAUCGGCGUGGUGAUGGCCCAGGAGCGCGACUGCUUUGCGCCCUGGAAGGUGCCGCCGGAGCUGCUGGAGUUCGGGGGCCUCAGCCGAGAUCAGAAGGUGGCGUUCUUCCAGGAGCUCAUCGAUCGGACGAACCAGGUGGGCCUCGGCGGGGCUGGCAUGGACGAGCUGAAGGUCACCCCGCAGGACAUCCUGAAGGGCAACAACUGCGAAGAGACGAACCGCCUGCUGCAGGUGCUGGCCUACCUGGGCCUCCGGGCACAGCGGCUCAGCGCCGGGCUGGGCUCUGGCGGCGGCCUGCUGGACCUGGCGCCUCAGUGGAUCGAGACGUGGAGGCUGCGGGUCUUCACGGAGGAGGGGGGCUGGCAGUGGUACGGGGCGGACCAGGAGGCCGGCGGCGCGCACGUCUUCGGCGGCGCGUCCGACGCCGCCGGCACGCACUUCGUCGGCCUCCCCGCCGCCGUGCCCGCCAGCGUCCAGAUCUACAGCCAGGGUGCGGGCAGUGUAGAGGAUGCCAGCUACAUGGGCACUGCUAAGGCCAUGGCGAAGUUGAAGCUCUUCACUGCCCCGUUGACCGGCGCGAGAAGCAAGCGCGGGGCCACGGGGGUGAUGUCCGUGAACUUCCACGCGAACAGCUGCCUGCCCGCGUACUGGGGGAGCGGGUACAUGCGAUUCAGCAACUCUCGGCUGACGCGGUGGUGA